CCUAAUGCAUACAGCUUAGCUAAUUUGUUUGCAUUAUUGUACUUUCUUUCAUAAGCAUGAUGUUGCAUAUUCAGAGUGAUACUCAUUAACUUGAUGGCGCUGAUUCUUAGUGAAAUAUCUUUGCACUACUCUCUCUCUCUCUAUGGCAGCAUCAAAAGCAUAACUUGGUUAAGCUUUGGUAUAGUUUGCAUUGAAAAUCUGAUUCGGCAUCAGAUGGUGUGUUAACUACCCUCGGUAGUAUCUGAAGAAGUUUUAUCAUAAAAAACACUGCAAAAUAUUUCAUCGAAGAUGUUGCAAUACCUUUUCUUCUUCAUGCUAUUAUUGGGAUGUGUUUCUUCUAGCUAUGAUGAACCCCUAGCUGCUAACACCAAAAUUUAUAUUGUCUAUACCGGAGAUACCAUCAAAGAUGAAGCUUCUUGUUUGCUCCACUAUAAUUAUUUGCUACAACAGCAACUCGACAACAAAAACUAUACUUUAUUAUUAUUGGCAUAGUUUCAACGGAUUUGUUGUGAAGCUAAAUGAGAAAGAAGCCGAUAAAAUGGCAGUUGUUUCUGUUUUUCCGGAUGAAAAGAGACAACUCCUCACAACAAGAUCAUGGGAUUUUAUUGGCUUUACACAAGAGGUGGAAAGACAAAACUAUGAAAGUGAUGUUAUAGUUGGAGUGAUUGAUUCUGGAGUUUGGCCAGAAUCGAAAAGCUUCGAUGAUAAAGGGUUCAGUCCACCACCUGCCAAAUGGAAGGGUUCAUGCCAAGCUUUUGAUUUUACCUGCAAUAAUAAGAUAAUUGGAGCAAAGUUUUAUCCACCACUCCAUCAUAAUGCCUUAAGCUCAAAAGAUAUUGAAUCUCCUAGAGAUUCAAGUGGUCAUGGUACGCAUACAGCAUCAACGGUGGCUGGGAAUUCUAUUAGUAUGGCAAGCAUGUUAGGCCUUGCACAAGGAACCGCUAGAGGGGGAGUUCCGUCAGCACGCAUUGCCGUAUAUAAAGUGUGCUGGUCUGAUGGAUGCAAUGAAGCGAGUAUUCUUGCCGCAUUUGACGAUGCAAUUAAAGAUGGAGUUGAUAUAUUAUCUGUAUCAAUUAGUGAAAGUGUUUCUAAAACGAAUAUACAUUUUAAAGAUGUAUUGUCCGUCGGAUCUUUUCAUGCCAUGAAGCAUGGUGUGCUAACAGUACUUUCAGCUGGAAACACAGGUCCAUAUCCUAAAUCCUUACAAAAUUAUCAACCUUGGGCAAUUAUUGUUGGUGCUAGCACUUUGGAUAGGAAAUUCGUAACAAAAGUCAAAACAGGAAACAAUAUAGCUUAUGAGGGUAUUUCUUUAAACACAUUUGACCUUAAAGGAAAAUAUUAUCCAAUUAUCUAUGGUGGGGAUGCAGCAAAGAAAAGACCAGGUUUCGAUCAAGACUCAUCAAGGAAUUGUCUAACCAACCUGAUGCAAGAACAAGCUUAUAUUGAUAUGGCAAUCUCUUUUCCUUUGCCAGCAUGUUAUCUUCAAUCAAAAGAUGUAGUAAAAAUACAUACAUACAUACGUUCUACGAGCUUUCCGACUGCAACUAUAUUUAAGACAAUUGAGUUAAAAGAUAGUUUAGCACGUAUUGUUGCAUUUUUCUCAUCGAGGGGUCUAAACAACGUUACGUCUGAGAUUUUGAAGCCCGACUUAAUUGCUCCUGGAGUUGACAUCAUAGCGAGCUGGUCUCCAAUCUCUCCGAUUUCUGAGAUUUUUAGUGAGACCAGAAAAUUGAAGUUCAAUAUUAUAUCAGGAACAUCCGGAGCAGCGGCGUACAUAAAGUCAUUCCAUCCCACAUGGUCACCGGCUGCAAUUCGGUAGUAGAUAUAAAUAAUGAUGUGUAAUAUAACUGCACAUAUCAAUUCAGAAAAUAAUCCAGAUGCAGAAUUUGCUUAUGGAGCUGGCCAAAUUGACCCAGCCAAAGCUGUUAAUCCGGGUCUAAUAUAUGAGGCUGAUGAAGGGAAUUAUGUCAGGUUUUUAUGUGGACAGGGCUUCAAAACAACUGAUCUACGACAAAUCACGAGGGAUGACAGCAUAUGCUCUAACACAUCAUAUCCAUCUGCAAGGGAUUUAAACUACCCCUCUUUUGCUCUAAAUGUCCAAAGUUCCACACACAGUUUUAGAGGAAGCUUUCGAAGAAUGAGAAGAGAAAAAGAGAAACUAAAUUGUGAAGAAGAAUUUUUGUGCUAAUUGUUGGAACAGUUAGAAACUAAAUAUUCCUGAAAUUUUUGUGAAGAGAAACUAAAUAUGUUCCUGAAAAUGAAUGAACUUUUGUGCUAAUUGUUGGAACAGUUAGAAGAAGAAUGAGAAGAGAGAAAGAGAAACUAAAUUGUGAAGAAGAAUUUUACUAAUAUGAAAUUCGUUUGAUUUACAA